AUGCCAUUUUUUGCGCUUGCUCUGAGCGCUGAGCUAAGCAAUGUCACGAGGCUUGGCCCGUCAGACAUUGAAGAGUUUCGCUGGCAUCUGAAGUUUCGCUGCCAGAGUUGUGAGGAAGUGUCGGAGAAGUGGCACUGGGCUGUUCUGACCGAAGGGUCUUCUAUCGAUCUGUCGUCCUCUCGAGGUGCCGCACAGUUCGCCGAAAAAUGUCCAGGCUGUGGGAGGGUCAACACACUGAGGGUUGUCGAAAAAUCGUUCAAGGAAUAUUCGAUCGAAAAGAAUGGGCAGUUCCAGCAUAUUGCCCGCUUCGAAUGUCGGGGCAUGGUGCCCAUCGAAUUUAAGCCAUCGGAUGGCUGGCACUGUUACGGCGAGGAGACGGAUACGCACUUUGAUGAUAUCGAUCUGUCUGAGGAUUGGGCCGAGUAUGAUGAAAAGGCUCAGUUGCCGGUCGAGAUUAACAACGUUCGCGCUGAAUUUGUCAAAGUCAAGGACCGA